AUGCAAGACUCCCUCAGCCUCCCCUCCCUGGACUAUUUAUCUUGUCGACUUUUCUCGUGGCACGGUUAGUCACUCCAGGUGAUUUAUCUCAGGCUUGCAUUAGAAUCCGACCAAAAGCUCUUUGGCCCUAUCGCUCGAGGUUUCCGUCUAUCUGUUGUUAUCCAUUCCUCGGUCGCCAAUUCACAUGAAUUUUCAUUAAGGACGACGAUCACUGCUGCCUGACCCUUUUUUCUUGCUUCUGGUGUCUCCCUACCCCUUUAUUCUUUGUCAGGUUUCUUUUGAUCAGUUCCACCCUUGCUUGGUUCGGUCCCUUCCGAACCUUUUUCUCAGCUCGCAAGCUCUCGCCAGCUUCUCCCUCCGGCCCCGCGCUUCUCAACCUAAGCAGCCGCUCAGUUCCGUUUCCCCUCGUCUGUACAUAUUCAUUCACUAUGUCCAAGUCCCGUCGGAACGUCAGAUUUCCACACAGAAUGUCGAAUGCCUCGGAAGGUCGUCGGUCCAGUAUCUCUGAGGCCAGCGAUAUCCUAUCCGAUCCGGGCAGUCCGUCCAAAGACGGCACUGUCGCGAAGCCGGCCACGAUUCCCGAAGAGAAAUCCGAUAAACCUCAGCUGUCCGACUACGAGAAGAAGAAGCAGACCUUCAUUACGCGCACGAUAUGGACUUUUGUCAUGAUCUUCGGUUUCUUCGUCGUCCUUUUCUCCGGCCACAUCUACAUCCUCGGCAUCGUCACUGCUGUUCAGAUUGUCUCGUUCAAAGAAGUCAUUGCGAUCGCCAAUGUUCCCAGCAAAGAGAAAAACCUCCGGUUUACCAAGUCGCUGAAUUGGUACUUCCUGGCGACCACGAUGUACUUCUUAUAUGGUGAAAGUGUGAUCUAUUAUUUCAAGCACAUUCUAUUGGUCGACAAGGUGUUGCUCCCGCUGGCGACUCACCACCGGUUCAUCAGCUUUAUGCUCUAUGUCAUGGGUUUCGUUUUCUUCGUCGCGUCUCUGAAAAAAGGACACUAUCGGUUCCAGUUCACCCAGUUUGCCUGGACGCACAUGGCUCUGUACCUCAUUGUCGUUCAAGCGCACUUUGUCAUGAACAAUGUCUUGGAGGGAAUGAUCUGGUUCUUCCUUCCUGCCUCUCUGGUCAUUGUCAAUGACAUUUUCGCCUACGUCUGUGGUAUCACGUUUGGUCGGACCCAGCUCAUUCAGCUCUCGCCGAAGAAGACUGUCGAAGGCUUUAUCGGCGCUUGGAUCUGCACCAUUAUCUUCGGAUUCUUCAUUACCAACAUCCUCAUGCGUUACAAGUACUUCAUCUGCCCUGUCAACGAUCUCGGAUCGAACGUGUUGACCGGCCUCGAGUGUACCCCCAACCCGGCCUUCGUCCCGGAACCGUAUUCCUUCCCGGAUUGGACUGGAGUCGACAAGACGUUCUACAUUGAGCCUAUGCAGUUCCACCUCCUUGUCUUUGCGACUUUUGCCUCUCUUAUUGCGCCCUUCGGCGGUUUCUUCGCCUCUGGGCUGAAGCGGACCUUCAAGAUCAAGGACUUCGGCGAAUCCAUUCCCGGUCACGGUGGUAUUACCGAUCGCAUGGACUGCCAGUUCAUCAUGGGAUUCUUCUCCUACAUGUACUAUCACAGCUUCAUUGCUGUCUACAAGGCCAGUGUCGGAGAUAUCAUCGAGGCCGCCAUCACCGGUCUCACUGUCGAGGAACAAUUGGAGGUUGUCCGUGGCCUUGGCAAAUAUUUGUACAAUCAAGGAACUGUUUCUGAAACGAUCUUGGAUUGCCUCAACACCGAGCUCAAGCGUCGCUAGAGCGUCACUCCCCUUGAUGACCCAUUCUUGUUCGGAGACCUCCGUGACGAAGUCCUCAGUUUCUUUUUUUUUCCCUUCCGAGUCCUCGGAGGGGUCACAUACCGCAGCUUACGAUCAAAAUAUGCUUUUUAUAAUCUACCCUUUUCUCAUCCUCCCGAGCGCCUCGUUUUUACGGACUCGAUCGGAAUCGAUAGGCUCCCGGACUCUCUCGACAUGUGCAUACACCUUCCGCUCGCGCAACUUCAUUACCACCUUGAAGGUCCGGGACCUUUCCCGAGCGAAUGAGAAGGACUUGACGGGUAACAAGCGAAGUGCAGAAGAAUGGAAGGAGUCUCUAUCCCGAGGCUACCAGAAACUUCUAUUGUUUAACACAUCAAUAUGUCUAUCGGUCUUUCUUUCUAUCUCCGGUCUCGAUCUGGGCUGUGGUGCCAUGGGGUAGGUAAUGUCUCAGUAGGUAGACGCUCUUUAUAUUGUAAAAAUGUGAAUAUAUAGCAA